AUGACAACAAUCAAUAAAUCACAAACUCCAAUUGCUGCAUCUAUUAAAAUAGUGCUCAUUGGAGAUGGAGGUGUAGGAAAAACAUGUUAUGUUAAACGCCAUGUCUCUGGAGAAUUCCAAGCAAGAUACAUUCCAACGGUUGGAUGUGAAGUCAAUCCAUUACCAUUUUAUACGAAUUAUGGAAAGAUCCUUUUUGAUGUGUGGGAUACCGCUGGAAACGAACAAUAUGGAGGAUUAAGAGAUGGAUACUAUAUCAAUGCGCAGUGUGCAAUGUUAAUGUUCGAUGUAACCUCAAGAAUGACAUACAAGAACAUUCCCAAUUGGUUCUCAGAUCUUCGUCGAGUGUGUGAAGAUAUCCCAGUUGUGAUAUUGGGAAACAAAGUGGAUGUCAAAGAUAGAAAAGUUAAACCCUCCCAGAUCACAUUCCACAGAAAGUUUGGACUUGGAUACUAUGAUAUCUCUGCCAAAUCAAACUACAACUUUGAAAAACCAUUUACCUAUCUCCUCUCUAAAUUACUUGGAAAUAAACAAGUUUCAUUGGUAGAACCACCUUUAUUAGAUAUUCCAUCAGUUGCAAUCGAUCCUGAUCAACUAAGAAGAUACGAAGAAGAACUACAAAGAGCAAUGGUACUCCCUUUAGUUCCAGAUGACGAUGAAGAUUUAUAA